CCUAAACCCUCAUUUCCGUCUUCCGAAGUACGCGAACAGUAGAAGUCUGAAAACAGCCAGAGGAGGGAGACUGAAUUGCGAACAGAGUGAGUCUGUGUGAGCCCAAUUUUCUUCGGAGAAAGCUAAAUUGUGAAGGGCAAGAAUGCGUUCGAUCACAUUUUCUCUUAUUCGCAGAAACCUUUGCAGCUAUGGAGUUUCUCGCCUUACAUCAAAACAGCAACCAUCUCUCCUAUACUCCUCUAUGGUAUCUCCUCCUUUGUCUUCGUCUUCGUUGAUGAGGAAAAGCUUUCGAGACCCGUCAAGAACUUCUCUGUUCCUCCCAUUUCGCUUCGCCUCCAGUUCCACUGCUGCUAAGAAGGUCGGGGCCGACGAAAACCUGAAGCGGGUCCUUGAAACGGAAAUCGAAUGCGCUGAAGAAACAGAAGAUCUACCCCAGGGAGGUUUUCUACCUGAUGGUUUUCCAUUUGAGAUCAUUGACAAUCCUGGUGAACAUACGAUCAUCUUAAAGAGACAGUUUGCUGGUGACAACAUUGAAGUUGAGGUCCACAUGCCAGAGAUGGCUGGGGAAGGCGAAGAAGAUGAGGAUGAGGAUGAUGAUGAUGAUAAGGAUGACAAUAAUGAGGCUUCAGGACAAACUUACAUUUCUCUGAUUGUCAACAUUUCCAAGGGGGAAGGACCACGUCUUGAAUUCUGUUGCUCUGCCUGUCCUGAUGAAAUUACUAUUGAUAGCAUGCUGAUGAAGAGUCCUGAUGUUUCAUCCAAUGAGAUGGCUUAUGAGGGGCCAGAUUUUUCUGAUUUGGAUGAGAAUCUGCAGAAAGAAUUUUACAAGUACCUAGAAGACAGAGGGAUCAAGAGCUCCAUGACAAACUUUUUGCAAGAAUAUAUGAUCAGCAAGGACAACCGAGAAUACAAAGGAUGGUUGAAGAACAUGAAAGAUUUCAUUGAGAAUUGAGUCCACUGAAUUCCACUUCAUUUGGAUAUGCGGGGAAGAGUUCUGAUAUAAGAGGUAUGUUUCUCAUUUGUUCUUGUUAGUUUAUAAAUAUAGGCAAAAGAAACUUACUGAUGAAAUGGAGCUGUCAAAAUGAUCAAAUGAAUGAUCUUUCAUUAAUUGUAAUUGCAUAACAGAUCAAACAGUGAAAUUGAAAUUUUGGUUUUCAUUA